AUCCAUUGGAAUCUGACCUGGUUUUUUGAUUAAAUUGGUGAAAAUUAAAUAAAUUUAAAAUGAGCAUCACAGUGGAUCCGCGCCGCAAGGAGAAGAUCAACCGCUACAAGGCGCCCAAGAACCAGGGCCAAAGCGGCGGCGCCAACGAGGACAUGAUGCCGGAUUACAUGAACAUUCUGGGCAUGAUUUUCUCCAUGUGUGGACUGAUGAUGAAGCUCAAGUGGUGCGCCUGGUUUGCGCUGUACUGCUCCUGCAUCAGUUUCGCCAGUUCGCGGGCCAGCGACGAUGCCAAACAGGUGCUCUCCUCCUUCAUGCUGAGCGUCAGUGCGGUGGUGAUGUCCUACCUCCAGAAUCCCGCGGCCAUGACCCCGCCAUGGGCCUCCUAGCACUGGACCUAAGAUAACUAUAGUAAACGUAAUGUAAUUGUUCAUGGAGAUGUGGUGGCCAGUUUGAUACGCCUCUAUUUUCUUCGACGCUCAGUAAACGAGUUGGUACGUA